CCCCCUCUCUCUCUCAUUCUCCCCACCACCAUGCCCAAACCCCUUCUCCGCUCUCUUCAAACCCUGCUUUACUCCAACGUCCCCAUGGGCGGCUCCAAGGCCCUCUUCCUCAAGCACCCUUCGGGCCCCGCCAUACCCAUUUCUCCUUAUCGCCUCCUCCAUCUCCGCACCCACACACGCAUCCUCUCCCCAAACCCUAGAAACCCUAGCUCCAAAUUUGCUCUCUGUAGCACAAAACAAUCUGGGUCUCGCUCGCAUGGCCCCAUUACGCCUUCUAGACGUGUUUAUACGGAAACAUUGAAGGAGAAGGCGGGUUGUGAGGAGCAACUAGUGAUGCUGAGACGUAAGCUGGAGGAUGAAGGAAUUCCUUGUAGCCAUUGCAAGCCUGGGCAAUACAGUAGUUUGUUGUGCCCAAAGUGUAAAGGAGGUUCUUCAAUGGAGAGAAGCCUAUCUGUUUACAUCCGUGAAGAUGGGGGAUUGGCCCUGUGGAAAUGCUUCAGAGGUAAAUGUGGCUGGAAAGGCCAUGCAGAGCCAUACGGGGAUGUUACGACACAAUUCAUCCGAGAACGUCCCAGUUUGAAAGUUAAGGAGCAUAGGAUAAUCAACGAAGAGGAUCUAGAACUAGAGCCACUUUGCAAAGAGCUUAUUGCAUACUUUGGGGAGAGGAUGAUAUCAGAAGAAACUCUCAGAAGAAAUGCUGUAAUGCAACGCAGAUGUGACAAUAAGAUUGUUAUUGCUUUUACAUAUAGACGAGAUGGAACUCUUGUUAGCUGCAAGUACCGGGAAGUCUCCAAGAAAUUUUGGCAGGAGAGGAACACAGAGAAAAUAUUUUAUGGUCUCGAUGAUAUAAGACGGACAAGUGAUAUCAUCAUUGUUGAGGGUGAAAUUGAUAAGCUUUCAAUGGAAGAAGCAGGGUUCCGAAAUUGUGUUAGUGUACCUGACGGUGCACCUGCGCGAGUUGCCAACAAGGUUCCUGAUGAGGAGGAGGAUACAAAGUUUCAGUACCUGUGGAACUGUAGACAGUACUUAGACAUGGCAUCUCGGAUAAUACUAGCUACAGACGCUGAUCCCCCUGGCCAAGCAUUAGCUGAAGAGCUGGCUCGUCGGAUUGGUAAAGAAAGAUGCUGGAGAGUCCAGUGGCCACAGAAGAAUUCUGCUGAAGUUUGUAAAGAUGCAAAUGAGGUACUUAUGUAUUUGGGGCCAGAUGCACUGAGAAGAGUUAUAGAAAAUGCUGAGUUAUAUCCUAUUCGGGGUCUUUUCACCUUCAGCCACUUCUUCCCUGAAAUAGAUGCCUAUUAUAAUGGCUGUUAUGGAUACGAGCAGGGUAUUUCUUCAGGUUGGAAUAAUGUUGAUAAACUCUAUAAGGUUGUCCCUGGAGAGUUAACUGUAGUAACUGGCGUACCCAAUUCAGGUAAAAGUGAAUGGAUUGAUGCUUUGAUGUGCAAUAUCAACAGAACUGUAGGCUGGAAAUUUGUUCUUUGCUCUAUGGAAAACAAGGUUAAGGAGCACGCAAGGAAACUUUUGGAGAAGCACAUAAGGAAGCCGUUCUUCAAUGCCCGUUAUGCAGAUUCGGUGGAACGCAUGAGCGUUGAGGAGUUUGAACAAGGAAAAGAAUGGCUUAAUGAUACAUUUCAUUUAAUCCGCAGAUGCGAGGAUGAUUGCCUUCCAUCUGUUAAAUGGGUUCUUGACCUUGCAAAAGCUGCAGUUCGAAGAUAUAGAGUGCGUGGACUUGUGAUUGAUCCCUACAAUGAACUUGAUCAUCAACGACCUCCAAAUCAAACCGAAACAGAGUAUGUGAGCCAGAUUCUCACUAUGAUAAAGCGCUUUGCGCAACAUCAUGGUUGCCAUGUCUGGUUUGUAGCUCAUCCAAAACAGCUACAAAACUGGGGAGGUACUCCGCCUAAUAUGUAUGACAUCAGUGGGAGUGCACAUUUUAUAAACAAAUGUGACAAUGGUAUUGUCAUACAUCGUAACAGGGAUCCAAAAGCUGGCCCGCUUGAUACUGUGCAGGUUUGUGUUAGAAAGGUGCGAAAUAAAGUCGCUGGUAGUAUUGGAGAUGCUUUCUUGGCAUAUAAUCGGGUUACAGGAGAAUAUAUGGAGGUUGAAGACCAUGUUUCAAAAAAGUAGGCCACCUCGACCAACCGUGAUCUAAGUCCGUGGUGCAGAGACCAGGCACGACUCGGCUAACCGAGUCAUUUUGCAGACCUGAAUGUGCUCCAGUGGCCGCACACAAUGCCGAAACAACCGGACCACCUCAAACCUAACCUCUCUGCUACACAUGGCGCGUCGCAAUUCACAUGGGGUUGUACAUCUUGUUUAACACACUUCUCUUAGCACUUCUCUUAACCCUAGAGUGACAUCAUACAAAUUCCAGUAUUUAUGUUUGAUUAUUAUGACCCUUGUCAUAGUGGUAAAAUUUGAAUUCUUUUGAGUCAUCAAUUAGUCAAAUUAUGAGUAUAUAUAUAUAUAUAUAUAUAUAUAUGCUACAUUAUUUUGCUACCAACCACAUGCAAUGUACUACAACAUUUCAUUCUCA